GGAAAAAAAAAACCAAAAAAAAAAGAGUCCCUGAUCUUUAGUAUUCCAAAUUCACAAAUUCUGCGGAGCUACGAAAUUCCUCUUAGACUUUUUCAGAGGGCUGUCCCUCUCGACAAACUCCCAGCUCCGAAGAUUUCUUUUUCAGGUACAUGUGUUUUUGGUUUUACUCACAGAAGCAUACAUCAGACAAUCGUUAGUUCCAAUAACAAGCACACAAAUACAUGGCGUUCAUAUCUUUGGCGUGAUCGAGAUAAUAUGAGUUGGAGCUGUUUGGAAUUUUUGGUAAAUUAGAAGACGAGUCUAGAACAUUACGGUCAUUUCAUCCAUGGAGAGAGACGACAUCUCGUCGUAAUUUCGUUAUGAUGCAAUUUGGACUUUGCGGGUUUAUAGAAUUUAAUUUUGGUGUAAAAGUCAACUCGUUGCCAUUCGUGCUACUGAUUCAUUAUUUGAUCAGUUUUUAAUUUAUUGAGGCGUUUUAUUGACAAUAUUGGAUCCGUCAAUUUAGGUGUCCAUUACUUUGCAGCUUACAUUUAAAGCUCAGUUGUCAUGAUGAAAUACAAUAAUCUAUUGAUCAAUUUGUUUGGUUGUUAGUUUUUGUUUGCUUCCGUUGUGAGAACAAGACGUUGAUUUUAGAUUCAAAGACUGACUUAGUUUUGGUUUUUGUCCCUUCCUGACUUAUUUUAAAUAUCUUACUGCAGUUAUGCCUCUUUUUUUUUUUCUAAGUUUUAGUGAAGCACCUUCACUUUUGAUUAGUUUAAAGCCCACAUGGAGGGUUGCCAUUCUUUGUGAUGGAGCAUAAAGCUCAACAGGGGUGACUGCUUACUAUCACUUGCCGCAGGCAUUGGACCGCGAAACAGAAUAAGCUGUUUCUGGUCGAUCUUUGUGUUGCUUUUAAAUCAAAAUGGCCUCAAAUGCGACAUUUAAGUGUCCGCCGCCCAUGAAGGCAGCCUCCAACGGCAUUUUCCAAGGAGACAAUCCUCUACACUUUGCACUUCCUUUGCUGAUAGUACAGAUAUGCCUGGUGCUCAUCUUGACCCGUGGCCUCGCUUAUCUUUUACGGCCACUCAGGCAACCGCGCGUGAUUGCUGAGAUAAUCGGAGGAAUUUUAUUGGGCCCCUCGGCCUUGGGUCGCAACAAGAAGUACCUGCAGGACAUAUUUCCUGCUCGGAGCCUGACUGUCUUGGACACACUUGCUAACUUGGGCCUUCUCUUCUUCCUCUUCUUUGUGGGUCUCGAGCUCGACCCAAAGGCCCUCCGCCAGACAGGCCGGAAAGUCAUGAGCAUCGCCCUUGCCGGGAUUACCCUCCCUUUCGCCCUCGGGAUCGGGACCUCGUUCGCCCUUCGAGCUACCGUCUCGGAGGGCGUGAGCCAGGGCCCAUUUCUCGUCUUCAUGGGUGUGGCCCUCUCCAUCACCGCCUUCCCUGUCCUGGCACGCAUCCUGGCCGAGCUCCGGCUCCUGACCACCGAUGUCGGCCGCCUCGCCAUGUCAGCAGCCGCCGUUAACGACGUUGCUGCCUGGAUUUUGCUUGCUCUGGCCAUAGCCCUGUCGGGCACUGACAGUUCCCCGUUCAUUUCAGUUUGGGUGUUUUUGUCCGGUUUAGGUUUUGUGAUUGCGUGUGUGUUUGUGGCCCCGCCCGUUUUUAAGUGGAUGGCGAGGAGGUGCCCGCAGGGUGAGCCGGUGGACGAGAUAUACAUAUGUGCCACCCUGGCAGCGGUGCUGGCGGCGGGCUUUGUGACGGACGCCAUCGGUAUUCAUGCACUCUUUGGGGCGUUUGUGCUCGGAGUGCUCAUCCCGAAGGAGGGCCCUUUUGCCGGGGCGCUGGUGGAGAAGGUCGAGGAUCUGGUCUCGGGAUUGUUCCUGCCGUUGUACUUUGUGUCGAGCGGGCUGAAGACGAACGUGGCCACUAUUCAGGGGGCACAGUCGUGGGGGCUGCUUGUGCUGGUUAUACUCACGGCUUGUUUUGGUAAGAUUUUAGGCACACUCGCGGUUUGCCUUUUCUGCAAGAUUCCGUUCAGGGAGUCUCUCACCCUCGGCUUCCUUAUGAACACGAAGGGGCUCGUGGAGCUUAUCGUCCUCAACAUCGGAAGAGACCGAGGGGUUUUGAACGAUCAGACGUUUGCCAUCAUGGUACUGAUGGCUCUAUUCACGACGUUCAUAACUACGCCGAUUGUCAUGACCAUAUACAAGCCGGCCCGAAUGGCCCGAGCAGACUACAAGCACCGCACAAUCCAGCGGAAAGAGAAGGACACCCAGCUCCGGCUCCUCACCUGCUUCCACAGCACAUGCAGCAUCCCGAGCCUCAUCAACCUCAUCGAGGCUUCUCGCGGGACCCAGCGGAAGGACAGCCUCCUCGUCUACGCAAUGCACCUGACCGAGCUCUCCGAGCGCUCGUCGGCUAUCCUCAUGGUUCACAAGGCCCGCAAAAACGGGAUGCCGUUCUGGGCCCGGGUCCACGACCCCGACCCGAACCAGAUGACGGUGGCCUUCGAGGCCUUCCAGCAACUGGGCCGCGUCACGGUCCGGCCCACCACUGCCAUCUCUUCCAUGCCCACCAUGCACGAGGACAUCUGCAGCAGCGCCGCCAAGAAGCGGGCCGCAUUGAUCGUUCUCCCCUUCCACAAGCACCAGAGGCCCGACGGGCCUUUGGAGGCCGGCAGGCCCGAGCUGCGGCACGUGAACCGGCGGGUACUCGAGCACGCCCCGUGCUCGGUCGGGAUUUUAAUCGACCGUGGGCUCGGAGGGACCUCUCACGUGUCGGCUAGCAAUGUCGAUUAUGCGGUCACGGUGUUCUUCUUUGGCGGGCCCGAUGACCGGGAGGCACUCUCGUAUGGGGUUAUCAUGGCCGAGCACCCGGGGAUAAGCUUGAGAGUUGUUCGCUUCGUGGCUGUCCCGGGCCACGAAGUUCGGGUGGAUGUGAGUGUGGAUAGGGAGGAAGUUUUGAACGAUGACGAGGUGUUUUUGGCGGAGUUAAAAGGGAAGGUGAGGAAGGAUGGGUCGAUCGGGCUGGAGGAGAGGGCCGUGGGUGAUGUGGCGGGGGUGGUGGAGGUUAUGAGGGAUUAUGGGAGGAGUAAUUUGAUUCUUGUGGGGAGGAGUCCGGUGAGUGAGGUGGUUGUGGGUUUGGGGGACGGUGGGGAGUGCCGGGAGCUGGGGCCGUUGGGGAAUGUGUUGGCAUUGCCGGAGUUUGGGGCAUCGGUGUUGGUGGUGCAGCAGUUCAGGCGGGAGGGCUCGUUGGGUUGGGCGAAAGGUGGUGCCAGUGAAGAGGAGAGCUCUGAAUCUUGAUUCUCAGUGAUUUGGUGUUUGUCUGUGUACAUAUCUCUGGACUUUGUUGGGCGAAUAGAAAGGAAAAAUUGGUAUACUUGUCAUGGAAAUAAUUGAUUUUUUUAUGUGUGAAUCAAAGCACAAAUUUUACAUAUCAAGUUUUACUAGUAUCACGUGCGAUUCCCG